AUGGCACCGUAUGAGGCUAUCGGAGUAGCCAAUGGCUCUGUAAAUGGUGUUUUAGACGUCAAUGGAGUAGAUACGAACGGUAACUCCGGUGUCAAUGGUACUGCCAAUGGCCAUACGAAUGGCGAUACCAAUGGUCACGCUAAUGGCCAGACUAACGGACACCACCAUCACCACAAUCACGCUAACGGAAAUCAGCAUAUCAAUGAUGCUGUUGAUGAUAAUGAGGAAGUAGAAGGAGAAGAGGAAGAGGAAGAGGAAAUGUUUCCAGAAGACCUCGGCCUACGAAUCAUGGGCAUUGGUGUUCAAUACCCUCAAUAUAGAGUCCAACCAAAGGAUCUAGAUACCAUAGCUCAAAAGUUCUAUCCUCAGACAGAUGCUCUAAAGAAAGUGCUCUCAAUAAACCGCUACACAGGCAUAACUGCCCGCCCCUCAAUAGGCGAACAUCUCCACCCCCUCGCAAACCAGCCCGCCGCCCCAACAAUAACAGACCUCCACUCCCUCUUCCUGACCGAAGGUGUCCCGUUAUCCGUCUUAGCCUGCCAACAGGCAUUAAAAGAAUCAACUUACAAACCCUCGCAAAUAACCCACACGGUCUUUACAACCUGCACGGAUUCUUCAAACCCAGGUUACGAUACAUUCGUACUAAAAUCUCUGGGUAUAAAAAACACUGUCGAAAAGGUGUUAUUAUCAGGAGUAGGAUGUUCAGGUGGUCUUGCUGGGUUAAGAACGGCGUGUAAUAUUGCGUUAGGUGCUAAGGCGCGUGGUAGGAAGGCUAGGAUAUUGGUUUGUGCGACGGAGAUAUGCACCGUUUUGGUCAGAAGUGAGCUGGAUAGCAUUGUCAAGGAAAACAAUGUUAGGAUUGGGAUCACAUUGUUUAGCGAUUGCAGUAGUGCUGUGGUUAUUAGUAAUGGUAUUGGAGAGGACGUUGAUAAGAAGGGGGUAUACGAAAUACUUGGUUGGAAGCAUAAGACUCUUGAUGAGACAGAAGCAGAAUUGGGAUUUGACGUUGAUCCAUUAGGCUGGAAAGUAAUCCUAACCCCCAAAGUUCCAACCAUAACCUCAGGCGCCACUCCCAGCCUCUAUAAGUCUCUACUCUCCUCAAUCCCACCAUCAACUCUCUCCUCUCUCUCCCCAACGUCCACACCAUCUAUUUCUCCAACGGACUUAGACUGGGCACUCCACCCAGGCGGCAGCCUAAUCCUGACAUCAAUUGAAUCAACAAUGUCCCUCACCCCUUCUCAACUAAGAGCAUCAUUCGAAGUAUACACAAACUACGGGAACUCGAGUUCUGCAACUGUAUUCAGCGUUAUGGAUAGAUUACGAAGCGAUGGAGAAGCUGGUGUUGGUGGUGAAGGAAAGGAGUAUGGACCUGGUGUUGGGAUCAAAGGUGGGAGAAAGGGUGUGGUAGGGUGUGCUUUUGGACCUGGUGUAAGCGUGGAGAUGGUCUUAAUGAGGAGAGUAGAGAAAGAUGACAACAAUAGUGAUAAGGGGAUUGUUGAAGUUACCAAUGGGAUUGGUAACGUCAGUGUAGGUGGGGAGGAACUGGAUUGA